GUUGAAGGAUUUCAGGCUCUUGGAGGCACUGGGGCACUGAGACUUGCAGCUGCCUUUCUGAAGAACAUUUUACAUUUUGAUACUGUUUAUGUAUCUAAUCCAACAUGGGAAAAUCACAGAGGAGUAUUCAAAUCUGCUGGUUUCACUCAGUUUAGAGAAUAUCGUUACUGGAAUAAGGAAAUGAAAGAUCUAGACUUCUCUGGCAUGUGUGAAGAUCUGUUGAGUGCCCCACCAAACUCUGUCAUAAUACUACAUGCCGUAGCCCACAACCCAACCGGUGUCGACCUAACACAGGAGCAGUGGAAGGAGAUUUGUGAAAUCUGCAAGGAAAAGAAAUUGUUUGUACUGAUGGACUGUGCGUACCAAGGUUUUGCCAGUGGGAAUUUAGAUAGCGAUGCCUGGGCAGUGCGCUAUUUUGCUGAUCAAGAUAUUGAUAUGUUCAUUGCCCAGUCAUUCUCCAAGAAUUUUGGACUGUACAAUGAAAGAGUUGGCAAUUUAAUUGUUGUGUCAAAGGAUGAGACUAAGCUUCCGGAAAUUCGAAGUCAAAUGGAAAUUCAGAUUAGAAUAAUGUGGUCAAACCCAGCAAAUCAUGGAGCUCGAAUUGUAGCCACGAUUCUCAACAAUAAAGUUUAUUAUGAGGAAUGGAGAGGGCAGAUUGUCAACAUGUCUAACCGCAUCAAGAAUAUGCGACAGGAACUUGUAAAUAAUCUUAAAAAGCUUGGUACCCCUGGCAACUGGGACCACAUUACCAAACAGAUAGGAAUGUUUAGUUUUACAGGACUGACAGAAAAACAAGUGAGGUACUUACUAAGCAAAUACAUCUUCUUACUGAAGAGUGGGCGGAUCAGCCUGGCAGGUCUAACAUCAAGGAAUGUGUCUUUUGUGGCCAAAGUAAUAGAUGAAGCUGUUCGAGCACAUCCAAUUUUAGAGUUAACUGAUGCUUCAGGAGAACCUGCCAUAGGGAGCAAGAGAUACUUUGUGGAAUUUGCUAAAAGAAAACUGGAUCAAUCAGAAUACAAUGUCAUCAAGACCUUGGUUGUUGUUGAUGGCGUAAUUAUGAAGCAAGAUGAAGAAAUGGACUCUAAGAAAGUUCAGAGUGUUGAGUCUUUUGUAAAAGUCACUCUUGUAGGUAGUCUGUCUUCAUCAGCAUCUUCUGAAAUAAUGUCUUCCAAAGAGAGUAAAGAAAGUCUUCAUAAAGCAGAAAGCAAGAAAAUUGAACAUUCUGAAGAGAAUUUAACCGAAGAACUGCUUAAAGAAGCUCUGAGCACAAGCACACAGCCGGGGACACCACGAUCAUCAGUGAAAACAUUCAAAACACGCAGCAUACAGACACUGAAAGCUGACGCUGUCAAAGAUAUGUACCAGCCUAAAGAGAUCCCAGCCCGAUUUGAAGGCACAAUGCUGACACCUGUGUACUUUGAUGGUUUAAUGAUCACACCAGAGAAACUGGACACCCUGCUCACUGAAGCAGACAGGAAAGGUGAGCAUGAAAUACCUGUGAGGUUCCAAGGUGGCAUGCUGACUGCAGCUUUCAAGACAAUAGCAGAGAAUCUGGAGCUGGGUGCUGGUACAGAGCCGGUGAAUGUCAAGUUUCAUGGCAAGUUGAAGGGUCUGAGACACAGCGAAGAUGAUGCUGGAAUUCCAGUAUCUUUUGAUGGGAGUAUGGUACCACAGGCAAAGAAAACAAAGCCAAAGAGUUAG